AUGUUCCGUUCAACACUGGCCGGGGGAAUCCCCAGGUGCAUCAAACCACACCCAGAAACGGAUCUAUCUUUGGACCAGAUCAAGGAGGAAGUCAAGGGCUGGCUACUCUUUGUACAGGAAAAUUGGGUUCCUGCAGCCAACACUGAUUCUUCCAACAGCGGAAAAUAUGAGCUGAAUCAAAGACGCCAGCUUAUUGAAAAAUGGGCAUCGGCCACACAGGAACUUCGUGAUUCACACCAAUCGCGUGCGCCUAUGCCCGAACGCCUUCAGUACCCAGCUCAAGCAUUGGCACAUAUCCACGAUACUCUUCAGCCAGGCGAUACUAAGGGCCUGGUAGCUAUCGCCCCUGUCGACGAGGCCCAUGCUGCUAAUCGGGCGCGAUGGGUCAAAUUCGCUAUUCUGUUGUACAACUAUGAUAUCGAAACCGGGCACUGUCUUCUCGAUCGUCACAUACCCUCAGAGGCUAUCUUGAACCCAGAAACUACUACUAAUCCUUCGGUGGAGGAUUUUCUGUCCUAUCUGGAUUUGGAGACCGCAAGCUUCAUCCAUAUCUAUCUCACACAUACUGGAACCGUACUCAACAUCAGGUAUAAAGGCCCAUAUAUGCUUGUUGAUGAAGAGGGUCUGAGAACUGGUCGUUUGACAAUGGUCGAGUAUGAAAUCAACGGGACUGUGAAGGAUACUCUUCACAUCCGCCCGUUCAAUAUGCGAAUGCCAUACAUAAACGCUUCGACGCUUGGGAAGGGUCUAGACGAGAUCCGUUAUGUUCAGGGUGCCUAUACACACCAAAACCUGCCGCUUGACAUGGACCUACCGAUCAUCGAUAUUCUCUGUCAAGCUAAGGCUGCUGACCAACUACCACAGACGAUGGACUUAUCUUACCGAGAGCAAUGGAUGGAGGAUGUCGAGCUUUAUGCUCCGGGCUAUCUGGCCCUCGAGGCUGACGGGCGUGCGGGAGAGUAUUCCCUACACCGUCUCACUGAUCCAGAAUCCGUGGACAUGACCAGAAAAACGAUUUGGAACAGGCUACAGGCCAACCCGAAUCUCUUUGCCCCCAAUUUCCAGUUCCUAGGUUAG